CUUUCGUUGCUCUUUAUUAAAGGCUACGAGGUUUUAAAGCACUGCACUAAAAUGGCUGGCAGGGAAGAAACUCAAGGGCUUUUAGAUGAAAAUGGGCAUGAUGCUGGAAACCGACGGCGGAUGUCCCCGUUUUGUGACCCGAAUCAUUUAUUACACCGAAUUGUUGUCCUUGUUUUCAUGUGUUUUUUAGGAUUCGGAAGCUACUUCUGUUAUGACAAUCCUGCUGCUCUUCAGAAACAAGUCAUCCAGGAUAUGCAGUUAAACACCUCCAAAUUCAUGCAGCUUUAUGCCUGGUACUCAUGGCCUAAUGUAUUUCUCUGUUUCCUGGGAGGAUUUUUGUUGGACAGGGUGUUUGGCAUAAGGAUGGGGACAGUCAUCUUUGCACUCUUUGUGUGUAUUGGACAGGUCAUAUUUGCCAUGGGUGCUUUGGUCAACCAUUUCUGGUUGAUGGAAUUGGGGCGCUUUGUUUUCGGUAUUGGAGGAGAGUCUUUGGCUGUGGCUCAGAACACAUAUGCUGUGAACUGGUUCAAAGGGAAGGAGCUUAACCUGGUAUUCGGCCUGCAGCUCAGCAUGGCGAGAGUGGGCAGUACAGUGAACAUGAACAUCAUGAGCUGGGUGUAUGAUCAAAUGACGAACUUGCUGGGCCACACUGGCCCCUUCACUCUCGGAGUUGCACUCAUGAUCGCGGCCUCGACGUGUGUCUUCUCUCUGAUCUGUGCUCUGCUAUUGGCCUACUUUGACAAGCGGGCAGAGAGGAUACUGAAAAAGGAACAGGGAAAGACUGGUGAAGUGAUCAAGUUGAAGGAUGUAAAGGACUUCCCUUUCCAACUGUGGAUGAUCUUCAUCAUCUGUGUGGGAUAUUAUGUGGCCAUCUUCCCCUUUAUUGGCUUGGGACAGGUUUUCUUCAUUGAGAAGUUUAACUUCACUCCGACCCAGGCAAGAGCAAUAAACAGCAUUGUGUACAUCAUCUCAGCUCCAGCAUCCCCUGUGUUGGGUUUCAUGGUGGAUAAAACAGGCAAGAACAUCACGUGGGUUCUGUGUGCCGUGGUCACCACACUGAUUGCUCAUAUGAUGUUGGCUUUCACCUUCUGGAACCCCUGGUUUGCUAUGGUCCUUUUGGGUCUGUCAUAUUCACUGUUGGCCUGUGCUCUCUGGCCAAUGGUGGCCUUUGUAGUGCCAGAACACCAACUGGGAACAGCAUAUGGAUUUAUGCAGUCCAUACAGAACCUGGGUUUGGCACUUAUCUCCAUGGCAGCAGGAGCUAUUCUCGACAGCAAGGGUUACCUCUUCCUGGAGGUGUUCUUCUGUGCAUGCAUAUGCUUGGCUGUGAUAGCAGUGGUGAUGCUUUACUUUGCGGACCUUGUCCGAUGUGGAGAACUGAAUCUUUCAGCCUCGGCCCGAGCCAAACUCCAGAAGAGCUUGUCUGCUGAGUCAGAGUGAUAGCUGUUCAGUCCACUGGCUCCACCCUUCCUGCUGUGAUCUGUCUCACUGGACAACUCACCCUGUCAAUCACCCACCAAUGGGCAUUUCUGCACUACUUACUCUUCUUCAUCACACUGACCAGACUAAUCCCAACACACUGGUAUAGGGCUGUCUCAAAUAGCCUUCUCCCCCCAGAUAGAACUUUUUAAUAAUCAAUGUGUUCACAUUGGGAUUGGUAUAUUGUACAGGUUGAAAGGAGGAUGGGAUCGAUUUGGCUGGUUGGGUCAUGCCAGAGAGGACGUCUCGCCACUCUCUUAACUCCACCUCAGGGCAGCUGGCACUGUCAUGGACCCCUUUUAAAAUACCACUUCCUUUUUACUCUUAUCAUUUAGGGCCAGUUCUUUCCACAGACUUUUGCACUGGUGAAUCUUCACCCACUGGGAAAACUUACUGGGAUGUAGCUUAUGCUUUAUCUGUUCACAGAUUCACAACACCCUACAUUUUGUUACCUCACCCCCUGUGAGAAGCUAUGUUGUGGCACUUCCUAACUUUUUACAUGACCUCACUUGACUGAGUCUGGUAUUUUAUGGUUUUAUCUUUUUUUUAAGACUUACAAACAAAUCAUCUUUUUUUAAAAAUCUUCAACCUGUGGUGUAUUGCUGUCAAACAGUUUUUCAAAUAAUUUUAAAUAUAAAUAGUCACCUUACAAUUGCAUGUAGUGAAGUAAUCAUCAUGUUUGUAUCUUUUCCACAGUAUUUAGUCUCUGCAUUAUAAUCUACAUGGUAUUCAUCAAGAAAAUUGGAUUUGGUUUUAUAACUACAAAUAAUAUGACUGAAAUUAUACAAGGUUUAUAAUGUAGCUUUUUAUUUUUAUCUUUUUAAUUGGAGUCCAAAAGAUUUCUAGCAUAUCAGCAGUCGUUUAAAUAUUUCAGACCAUGGCCGUUUGUCAUUUUAGGGAUUUUUUAAAAAAAAAAUAUUUUUUCCAUUUGUGCAUCAUUGAAAUUACAAAGCAAAGUAAGUAUCAUAGUCUUUGUCUUCAUGUGUACAUAUACUUAUUAUUGACCCAAUUGCAUUUCAAUCAAAUGCAGGCCAAUUGUUAACGUUAACAGCAAAUAUGCUUCAAAAUGUUUGAUCUCUGCAUAUAUGCACAGUUUGAAUAUACUUUUGUUGAUUAACCUUAUAGGACUUAGGAGCUUGGCAAAGUGUUCCAGUACUGGUUUUACCAUGUUUUUGUAAAGUUAGGUGCACAAAGGGAGGAUAUAUAUUAUAUUAUAUUAUAUUAUAUUAUAUUAUAUUAUAUUAUAUUAUAUUAUAUUAUAUUAUAUUAUAUUAUAUUAUAUUAUAUUAUAUUAUAUUAUAUAUGAUUUUUUUUUUUUUUUUUUUUUAAAUGGGCACACUGCUUUGCCAAAAACACAUUGUGCUUGGUGUUUUGUACAAUCCAUUUCCUUCACACUUAUUGCUUUACUAACUAGCAAGCAGAAGGACGUAAUAAAGAUAAAUCAGCCUUCAUGAUGGAUGUAAUAGUAUUUAAUAUCUUAAACAACUUCAUCCAUCUUAAAUGCGGUAGUGGCUUCUGGAAAGUUUCCUCUCCUGAAGUCUACUUAAUUACUUGCUAAGAAACUAGUGUGUUCUAGGGGGAAAUAGCACGGGGAAGUCAAUGUGGGUGUGUUAAGAACAGUAAUGGAAUGUGAUUUUUUUUUUUUUUUUUUUUAAUUUUUUUUAAAGUUCUUUAUCCCACCCCCCCACCACCAAAUCAAUCCAUGUAUCCAAGAUGUUCUGUCAUGUUCGCUUUGGAAUCUGACGAAGAAACUUUGAUUUAAAAAAAAAAAAAUUUAAGAGUAGCAACUGGUUUGCCUUUAUUAGUAAAAGUGUAGUGUACUUCUAAACAAUCAAUUAGUGUCUUUCGCAUCCUAAUGAGUAGGAUUACUUUGCCAUUGAGACAGUAAUCUUGGAUCAAAACUCUUUUUGGCUUAACACUAAUCGUUGACAACGAACUUCUUUUUGCCUCGUAGUAUAAUGAUGAAUGCCCAAACCACUGACUGAGGAAUAAUAAUGGGUUAUUUUGAAACUUGUCAGUAGUCCACUUGGGAUUGAGCUUUUAUCUUGCUGUUAAUCAUUUAAUAUGGAAACGAGUUACUGCAGUAGGAACUGUCUAAUAACUCUGAUUAAAGACCUUUUUGUGAAAUGUUUGUAAGGAUGAGGGGCUCCCUAUUGGCAAAAAUUAAACCGUCUGAUCUAAUGUUAGAUGUUGAGUGAUGUUCAUGGCUCCCCCUGAAACUCAUUGCCUCAGGAAGAGGGUCUGGAUUAGAACUUUCAACUUUUUAUAUUCAAAAGUUGCCUCGAGUUUGAUCUAGAGAAAUGCAAUUAGGCUUAUUUUUGUACUGUAUAAACUCGUGGUUGGAAGAACAAAUAAAAGAUAAAGUGAUUUUGCA